AUGCCUGUCACUUGCUUCCCUCACCGCUUCUCUCCUCCCUUCCCUCUCUCACCCCCCCUCCAUCCUCCAGUCCCUCCCGUCCUUCCCGUCGUGCACGUCCCUCCUGUCCCUCUUGUCCCUCCCGUCCCUCCCAUUCCCCCCGUCCCUCCCGUCGCCCAACACCUUCCGUCCCACCCCUCGCUUCAGUUCCGCAUUCGCUCCUGUCGUUCUCUUCCCUCCCGUCCCUCCUUUCCCUCUCCGGUUCUCGUCAUCCGGAUGCUGGACACUCCGUGUACGACCAUCCGCACUGCUGCUCUUGCGGACGCCAAGACAGUGGUGGUGGGGUGGAAGAACCAGGGCUGGAAGCCGAGUGUGAAGACAUGGUGGCCUCCCUUUGUCGCCAAGGGCGACAAGAUAGUGUUCAAGUGGAACGACUGGCGGCGCAAGCACAACGUGGUGUCGGUUUCAGAUUGGAACUACAACCUCUGCUUCUUUGGAAAAAGCGACUACAAGGUCUACGUGCUAACCAAGCCCUCGAACAAGGGCAGGCUCGUGGUGCUAGUGACCCUGGAUGUCAGCGAUAAGAAGUACUACAGAGGCUUCUUCACCAGCAGCGUCGGCAAUGACUGUCGUAAAGGCAUGAAGGUCGCAUUGCUGCGCCCAGCACUUCGAUGA